AUGGCAAAUUUUUCUCUACAAAUUCCACAUGUUGUACGUGAUGACGAACCUAUUAUUGAACAUUCUAUUUCACAAAAUACCGUUCGAUUUGAAAAUUUAAAAUUAAAAUUAAUUAUUUGUGCAAUUAUUCUUUUUAUUGUUUUAUUAAUUAGUGGUAUAUCAAUAUUUUUAUAUAAACAAAAAUCUUCGACAUUUCCAACAGCAUCACAAAGUUCUACUUUAACAUCAACUAUAGAAAAUGUAAAUUUAUCGGCAUGUCGUUUAAAUCCACAAUAUCGACAAGAAGGAGAAAUUGUAGCUGGAGUACCUUAUGCAUCAAAUGAUCAAUUAAAUAAACUUAGAGGGCCAACAUCUGUUUAUCUUGAUAGUAAAAGAAAUAUUUAUGUUGCUGAUACAAAUAAUAAUCAAAUAAGAAAAUAUUUAUUUGGACAAAAACAACAUGGUCAAAUCAUUCUUGAUGAAAAAUUCAAUAUAAUUUAUCCACGUUGUUUAUUUAUUAAUCAAGAAAAUGAUAAUUUAUAUUUUCUUGAUCAAGAUUCUCAAGGAUAUUAUCGUGUUCAAUAUUUCGUAGAAAAUUUAAAUAAAUCAACAAUUUUAAUUAAUGGCAAAAAAACAAGUUCGUACGGAAUGUCUUUAGAUGAAAAUUUAAAUAUUUUUAUUUCUGAAUUUAAUAAUCAUCGAGUUGUGAAAUGGUUGGCGCCAAAUUAUAAAGAUUAUUUAGUUGUUGCAGGAAAUGGAACAGCAAGUUCAGAAGUAAAUCGAUUAUCUUAUCCACGAAGUAUUUUUAUUGAUCACUUUACAAAUGAUUUAUAUGUUGCUGAUGGAAAUAGAAUUCAACGUUGGUCAAAAAAUUCAACUAAAGGUGAAAUUAUACUGCAAAAUGGAGAUAUAUGUCCAAGUGGAAUUGAAUGUGAUUGUCAUGGAAAUAUUUAUAUAUCACAAGAUAAAACAAUUAAAUUAGUUAAUCAAUUCACAGGAUUAACAGGUGUUGAUAUUAUUGGAAAACCAUAUGAAGGGUCUAUGGAUGAACGAUCAAAUACAACUGAAUAUUUAUUUUAUUCAGAAGGAAUUUAUCUGGAUAAAUUCAAUGGAGAUUUAUAUAUUGCUGAUUCGGGCUUUAAAAGAAUUCAAAAAAAUAUUCUUAUCAAUUGA